AUGGCCGCAAAAGCGAUUCCUUCUCACCUGAGAGCCCAGGCAGAGUCUGGCGCUGAAGAUGAAAGUUUCCAGCGCAAGCAUCAUGGAAAGUCCCAGUCUCAUAUGGCUUUCGAGAACGCUUCCACCAGCGUCGCUGCUUCUCAAAUGCGAAAUGCCUUGAACGCUCUUGCCGAGACCGUCCAGGAUGCCAGCACCAAGAAGCGCUUCGAAACUGAGAUGGACAACUUCUUCGCCCUCUUCCGCCGUUACUUGAACGACCGUGCCAAGGGCAACGCCGUCAACUGGGACCGCAUCGCACCUCCUCAGCCCAGCCAAGUCGUUGACUACAACGAACUUGGAAACUCGGCAUCUGUCGAAUUCCUCAACAAGCUCGCCGUUCUUAAGCUCAAUGGUGGUCUCGGAACCUCCAUGGGUUGUGUCGGCCCCAAGUCCGUUAUCGAAGUCCGUGAAGGCAUGUCUUUCCUUGACUUGUCUGUCCGCCAGAUUGAGUACCUCAACCGCACAUACAACGUGAACGUUCCCUUCGUUCUCAUGAACUCCUUCAAUACCGAUGAUGACACACAAAACAUCAUCAAGAAGUACGAGGGACACAACAUUGAUAUCAUGACAUUCAACCAAUCUCGUUACCCUCGUGUCCUCAAGGAUUCUUUGCUUCCCGCACCCAAGAGCUUUGAUUCUCAGAUCUCCGAUUGGUACCCUCCUGGUCACGGUGACGUUUUCGAGUCGCUCUACAACUCCGGAAUUCUUGACAAGCUUCUUGAGCGUGGUGUUGAGAUUCUCUUCCUUUCCAACGCCGACAACCUUGGUGCCGUUGUUGAUUUGCGCAUUCUUCAGCACAUGGUUGACUCCAAGGCUGAAUACAUCAUGGAAUUGACCGACAAGACCAAGGCCGAUGUCAAGGGUGGUACCAUCAUUGACUACGAUGGUCGUGUGCGCUUGUUGGAAAUUGCCCAAGUCCCCAAGGAGCACGUCAAUGAAUUCAAGUCCAUCAAGAAGUUCAAAUACUUCAACACCAACAACAUAUGGAUGAACCUCCGCGCUAUCAAGCGUGUUGUUGAGGAGAACGAGUUGGAGAUGGAGAUUAUUCCAAACGAGAAGUCUAUCCCUGCAGACAAGAAGGGUGAAGCCGACCUUUCCAUCAUUCAACUCGAAACCGCUGUCGGUGCUGCUAUUCGCCAUUUCCGCAAUGCUCACGGUGUCAACGUACCCCGUCGCCGUUUCCUGCCCGUCAAGACCUGCUCCGAUUUGAUGCUUGUCAAGUCUGACCUUUACAGCCUUCAGCACGGCCAGCUCCUCAUUGACCCCAAUCGUUUUGGCGGUGCUCCUAUCAUUAAGUUGGGUUCCGACUUCAAGAAGGUCUCUGACUUCCAGAAGCGCAUUCCAAGCAUCCCUCGCAUUGCCGAGCUUGAUCACCUUACCAUCACUGGUCCGGUGAACCUGGGUCGCAACGUUACUCUCAAGGGCACAGUCAUCAUUGUUGCCAGUGAGGGCAGCACUAUUGACAUUCCUCCUGGUUCCAUUCUCGAAAACUGUGUCGUCCAGGGAAGCUUGAGAAUCUUGGAGCACUAA